UCAAGAUCAAGACAUUAGACAAGACAGCAGUCACAACACUACGCAGGCAGCAAAUAGUGCAUCUUUGACCUGUUCACCCUCCCUGCCUGUGGCGGGGGCGUCCAACUCUCACUUCAAAACUACAAUCAUCCGCCUCACUUGUGCCUUCUUAAAAAAUUCGGGACAGCUAUCUAGCCUGUGAUUGCCGCACGGGACGUCACCAGGACACAUAUGAUCCAAGGGAACCAUCGCAGCCCUUAAGAAGACACAGACAGCAAAAGACGAGCCCUUCCAACCAUUAAUAUAAUUUGUCUCCGGACUCUGCAUAUUCAUGGUGCUGCGAGGUGUAUACACAGUGCUGCGAGGUGUAUACACAGUGCUGCAAGGUGUAUUCAUGAUGCUGCGAGGUGUAUUCAUGAUGCUGUCAAGUGGGGACAGCAAGCAGCCAGAAGUUGACAGUGAAACAGCAUAGAUCACAGCCUGAAAGACCUGAAAACCACAAAGAUGACGGUGAAGACGGUUGAUGUUGGUAAGCGAGAUGGCACAAAAUCAUACAGCGAAAACACAAGCAAAAAAUUGUCGGAGGUCAAGCACAAUAUUAAAGCUAAGAAGGAACGAAGUAAUGGCCCACCAACAAAGGUGGUAGUGCGGCGACUGCCUCCAACCAUGACAGAGGAAGAGUUUAUGGAGGCCAUCAAUCCAGUACCUGAGUAUGACUACUUCACUUUCUGCCCUGCUGACAACAGCCUGGGUCCCAAUGCCUUUACUCGGGCAUAUAUUAACUUCAAGAGUUCUUCAGAGAUCUUCAAUUUCAGAGACAAGUUUGAUGGAUAUGUGUUUGUGGAUCAGAAAGGCAAUGAGUUCCCAGCCAUGGUAGAGUUUGCCCCAUUCCAAAAGGUGCCCAAGAGGCUUGGCAGCAAGAAGAAGGAUGCUCGCUGUGGCACUAUUGACCAGGACCCAGACUACUUGGAAUUCCUUGAGACUAUUGCCAACCCAGAGACAGUCACUCUCCAGCCCCUGGAAGCUGUAUUGGAAGAAAUACAGGCACAUGAUAGAGAACUUAAGGCCAACAAUGGAUAUUUGAAAGUGAAGACACCCUUACUGGAAUACAUUGAGCAAAGGAAAGCAGAAAAGCUGAGAAGUAAAGAGGAGAAGAGGGAAGAGAGAAGGAGAAAAGAAUUUGAGAGAAAAAAGGCAAAAGAGGAUGAGAAGAGGAAGAAGAAGGAAGUGAAGGAGCAGAAGGAGAUGAAGAAAAAAGAUGACCAAAAAGAAGAUGCCUCUGGGGUCAAGCUACAGGUACUGCAGCCAGAACGUGGCAAGGAUGACGGCCAGGGGGAUGUCCGCCCAACCAGGAAGGAGAGGGACAGGGAGCGAUAUGAGAGAGAGAGGCAGCGGAGGAUGGAGGAAGACCAGCAGAGAAGAGAAAGGGAAAAGGAAAAAGUGAAAUUUAACCGCAGAGAUAAGGAAAAGGAACGAGAAGAGAGAAUCAGGCGGCAGGAGGAAAAGUUCCGAUUAAGGGAUGAAGAGAGGAUGAGGCAGAGGGAGGAAGGAAAGGAAGAGCGAAACAGACAUAAGGAUGAAGGGCGAGAUGAUAGAAUGAGACACAGAGAUGAAGGGAGGGAGGAUAGAGUCAGAUACAGAGAUGAAGGAAGAGAUGAUAGAAUACGUCACAGAGAUGAUGGGAGAGAUGACAGAGCACGACACCGAGAGGAAGGAAGAGAAGAUCGAACAAGACACAGAGAGGAAGGCAGGCAUAGAGAGGAAAUGAGGGAGGAUCGAACAAGACACCGGGAGGAAGAGUGGGAGGAGCACAGUAAAUACAAAGAGGAAGGAAGAGAGGAAAAAGGGAGACAUAGAGAUGAAAUGAGGGAAGAAGGUCAAGAAGGCCACCGUGUACACAAACCUGAAGGUGUCAAGUCUAAGCGGUACAGUGAAGGAAGGAAAAAAGAAGAGAAGGACAGAAGGAUUAAGGAAGACAGAGGCAAGAGAUAUGAGGAUGGGCAUAAGACUAAAAGUACAGAUGAUUAUGGAGCAUCAGUAGACCAUGAGGAUCACCAUAGAGGAGAGUCACACAGCAAGGAGGAGGGAGAUGCAGGGGUGGGGACGUCUGCAGAUAAAACAGUCACACCAAAGAAGAGAGAGAAAGACCCAAGAGUUGAGAGGAGGAUCAGGAACAAGGACCGACCAGCCAUGGCUCUCUACCGUCCAGGGCAAUCUCGCCUCAGCAGCCGAAUGAGGCAUGAGCGGGAAGAGGGGGUGGAUACCUCCUCAUCCAGCCCCAGCCCUGUCAUGCUGGAUGCAAAGAAGGCAGCACCACCCAAGAAAAGGGGAGCAUCCACCCACAAGAAUGAAGCUGCAGCUGGGCACUGCAGUGACAGCCUGUCUGUUGCUGACAGCCAGAAAGAUGACAAUAGUGUUGCUCAGAGGGACAGUGGUGGAGAAGAUAACAACAAGGAUGAAUGAGCUAAGUCCAUAAGAACAUAACUAUACACUGAAUCAUUAGCACCACAGAUACUAAGCAGAGAUAUGAAAACAGUCAUUGAAGCAUCAUGAAGUAUCACAUACAAGUAUUGUCAUGGACAUGUCAUUAUAAGAAAUGUAAUGAUAAUGAGGAUGGUGUUAAUCUGAAAUCUAUUGUACAAAGUGGUCUCCAUUCUUUCUAGAAAUUUAGGAGUCCUUCUCUAAUAUCAAAGAGAUCACAGACCCUAGCUCACAAGUGCACAAGAAGUCAUACUUUGUAAUCAUUAACUCAUACUGUAUUUAGACAACUUGUAUCAACAGCUGAUGCAAAUGACAGUGACAUCAAUUUUGGUUCAGAUGUUUGUAUGGAAUCUACUUUUUUCAAUAAAACAGGCAAGAUUAGAUAAGGUGCAACAUAUGAAAAGCAUGCAAGCUUUUGUGAUGUAUUUCUGUAUAACAUAUACUAUGAAUUUUGACAUUUGUUAUUACAAACAUCAUCACUUCU